AUGAGUUACCAUAAUUUGAUCUCUCUUUUUUUUAAUUAAAAUCACUAUAUUUAUCACUUGAUAAAACACGUGAAGGUAUUAUUUUAGAAUGAUUAUCUAAGGGAAUAAUUAUCAUUGCUUAAAUAAAUAGAUAUUCAAAAAAUAUAGUAAUAUCAAAAGUCUAGAGGCUUUAUGAAUGGUAAUAGUCUUAAUAAAUAUCAUUGAGCCUUAAAAAUUAGCAGACUACUAAAAUUAGAUAUAUGAGAUAAAUUAUGAGGUGA